AUGUCGACGACGAGCUUGAAUAGCGAAAGCUCAGCAGCUGCUCAGACAGCGAGCAGAGCCGCCUACCUGCAUGCUCAUGCUCAUGCUCAUGCUCAUGUUCACAAACCCGAGCCGAAGGUCCGCUAUUCAUUGUAUCCUCCAACCUUCGCUGAGGCCAAUCAUAGCUCCCUCGGUGGCGCUCAGCCCCAGCACGGCCAGGCAGAUGCGCGCCAUACCAAGUCGCAGCGAGACAUGUCCGCGCCAGCGCAGGCGACCGCUCUCCCCUCCUCCUCCUCCACCACCACAGUCGUCGCCACCGCCCAGCCGCCUCCACCCUACGUCAACCCUGCCUCCAUACCGGUUAGAACGAGCUCGCACCGGGCCGUCAGCAACGGCAGCAUCGACUACCGAAGCGACAGGACAACCACCAGUCCCAAGAGCAGCAGUGGGCCGAAGAAACAUAGAAGCCUGGGCUCCGUGCCAGAGAACAGGAAGCUGCCCGAGUUGGACGAGCGCGAGUGGAUGGCACAGUCGAGAGGGCAUCGACUGACGGCCAAUCCGAGCAUGGCCAGCUACACCUACACCCACAACCACACCCAGCACAACGGCGCCGACAAGCUGUCCCCGCCCACCAUCAUCAACUCCGACCUGAUCAAUGGCACCACCAGCUGGGGCACCGAGAAGGAGAACAUCCUCAAAGGCCCCUUUGACUACCUCGAAUCCCACCCAGGCAAGGACAUCCGCUCCCAGAUGAUUGCCGCCUUCAACUCCUGGCUACAAGUCCCUCCCCCCUCCCUCGAAGUCAUUACCCGCGUAAUCUCCAUGCUCCACACUGCAUCCCUCCUCAUUGACGAUGUAGAAGACAACUCCCAGCUCCGCCGCGGCAUCCCCGUAGCCCACAGCAUCUUCGGCACCGCCCAAACGAUCAACAGCGCCAACUACGUCUACUUCUGCGCCUUGCAGGAACUCCUCACCCUCAACAACCCCGAAGUCAUCAAAAUCUACACCGACGAACUCCUCAAUCUCCACCGCGGGCAAGGCAUGGAUCUCUUCUGGCGCGACACCCUGACCUGCCCCACCGAAGACGACUACCUCGAAAUGGUCGGGAACAAGACCGGUGGCCUCUUCCGCCUGGCGAUCAAACUGAUGUGCGCCGAAUCACCCUCCCAUAACCUCAACCACCACUCCCCGGACGACGCCUCUCUGACGGACUACAUUCCUCUCGUCAACACCAUCGGCCUCCUCUUCCAGAUCCUAGACGACUACCGAAAUCUCUCCGACACGACGUACACCCACAACAAAGGUCUCUGCGAAGACUUGACGGAGGGCAAGUUCUCCUUUCCGAUAAUACAUGCGAUCCGGGCGGAUCCCUCGAAUCUUGUGCUCAUCAACAUCUUGAAGCAGAAGACGACGGAUGACGAGGUGAAGAGGUAUGCUGUGAGCUACAUGGAGAGGGCGGGCAGCUUUUCAUACACUAGGAGAAUCCUGCGAGGUCUCACCAAGAAAGCCUUGGGACUUGUGGACGAGGUUGACGGAGAGCAAGGCAAGGGGGAGAUGUUGAAGGGCAUGUUGGAGAGGUUGAGGUGGAUAAGCACCCAAGGAUCAGUCAGAGUGCGUGACAACUCAAGGCCACGAGGGAUGUGA